CGGGUAUCUUGUAAACAAGCGGAGAGCCACGUGACGCACUGAGGGAAAAGUAGAGGAUUUAAAGUCAAAAACAAACUUAUUGCGCUAAAAAGUUGCAGGCUUUAAUUGCCGCAUUUUCCCAGCAGUCGACUGGCGAUGUUUACUGCGAGUUAAGAUUCUAUAUAUUGACUCAUUUUUAAGGAAGUUUCUGACGCUGUGUAUUUGUCUCAUUCUAGUCGAUCUGCAACCAUAUUUUCCCCACAUAUCAUGACUUCCGAGGCACCCAAUAUUAACGAAAAAGCUUUGCAGUAUGAGACUUUCAUCAAUGAGGUAUUGAGGCGAGACUUACAGAGGGUGUUGGAGCAAAGAGAUGGUGUGUAUGAGAAAAUAGCACAAUACCUUCAGCUGAAGAACACAAUUAAAAGCAUUCAGGAAUCUGCCAGUAAAGAACUCAAAACAGAUGUUGACCUUGGCUGCAAUUUCUACGUACAAGCUCACGUGCCUGAUACAUCAAAAAUAUGUGUGGCAGUUGGUUAUGGAUUCUUUGUCGAAUUCACACACACUGAGGCUUUGAAGUUCAUAGAAAAAAAGACGAAUCAGCUAACAGAAUAUACUGAGGUUCUUACCAAAGAUGCAGCAAAGAUAAAGGCCAAUAUUCGGAUGGUUCUGGAGGGAUUAAGGGAAUUGCACGGUCUGAAAGAUCUUCCAGAGACCAGAAGCAGAGAGGUGUUUUAGUAUAAUACAACUAAUAAAAUCAUGAUGUAUUCUUUUUGCGCAUAUGACUUAAUGUUUGUUUCAAACAAUGUAAACAUUAUGGCAGUUAGGUUAAGAUGAACCUUGCCUUUUAACAGGUUAUACUGUUGUUUAAAAAAAAAAUCAGCUGAAUAAAUUGCAACAUUUUCAGCAUACCUCUGUGCCAUUUGGUGAUCAUUUUAACUAUGCCACUGUUUGUGCAUGCAAUACACUAACACAUUUUAUUACUUGAACUCCUUUUAGAUCAUGCAGUUUAUAUGAAUGCAGAUGUUUCUGCAUAGAAAUAUGAACAUGUACGAGGCCUCUUUUCAUUUCUAGAGCACAAGGAUACUGCUAAAAAAGGUUUAGAUAUCUGUAAAGAGAAUUAUAUUAAAUGCAGACCACGAUAUUGUCAUGUGUCAUUCUAUAGUACAGUGGUGGCCAAAAAUAUUGGCACCCUUGGUAAAUAUGAGCAAAGAAG